CGGGGUGGGGGGGAGGCCUGCACGUGUGGCUGGGGUCCCUGUGCUGCCGGAGUUUGCGGCGCAACAUGGGGAGGAAACUGGACCCGAACAGGCCGAAGAGCGGCCCCGGGCGCAAGGCCCGGAAGCAGCGGGGUGCUGAAGUGGAGCUGGCCCGGUUCCUGCCGCCAGAGCCGGACACCGGCAGGAAGAAGCUCUCCAGUCACGGCCGGAAGAGGGCUGCGAAGAGGCGACUGGGAGCGGGCAGCGGCACCACGGGGAGGAAGAGGCCUCUAGGAAGAGGAGGAGAAAGAGAGCCGGAGCCGGCUGCUGAAGAGCAGAUAUCCCUGCAGAAGAAGAAACAUGCUGUGAAGGCAGCAGGACAAACCCCUCGUGGCCCGUCUGGCUUCAGUGAUGGCAAUUCAAAAUGGCUGGCUCCAGCCAAGGCCAAGAAAACUGCAUCUAAAAGAAACAGUAUGGAAUUAUCCAGCGAUGGUGAGGUGGAAGAGGGCAGCUGGGAGGUGGAGGAGGAGGAUGGGAGCAGUGAGGAGAUGGUGGAUGAUUAUGGUGCCUCAUCAUCAGAGGAAGAAGAGUUGCUGCCUAUUGAAAAAGCUGCCCUGAAGCAGAAGCCUGACAGGGAAGACCUCAGUGAGGAUGACAGUGAAGAGGAGGAGGAACAGGCAGAAGAGGAAAGCAGGCAGAAGAUGGGACAGAAAGAGGAAGAGGGCCCUGAUCUGCAGAUCAACCUGGAUAUAGAUGAGCAAUUUAAACUGCCAGAUAGUGAACAGAUUGAGAAAGAGGCUGCUGAGCCACCUGACCUGCACACCAUUCACCAGCGCAUCAAGGGCAAUAUGGAGGUGCUGCAGGACUUCAUGGUGAAGCGGGAGGAAGGGCGGACACGACAGGAGUACCUCGCCUUGUUGCGCAGGGAUAUGGCUGCCUACUAUUCCUACAGUGACUUCUUGCUCACAAAGCUCAUGGACAUCUUCCCACUCCCGGAGCUGAUAAACUUCCUGGAAGCCAAUGAGGUUCCCCGCCCUGUGACCAUCCGUACCAAUACGCUCAAGACACGGCGACGGGACCUGGCGCAGGCUCUGAUCAACCGUGGUGUGAAUCUUGACCCUUUGGGAAAGUGGUCAAAAACAGGACUUGUUAUUUAUGACUCCUCUGUGCCCAUUGGUGCCACCCCUGAGUACCUGGCUGGGCACUACAUGCUGCAAGGAGCCUCCAGUUUCCUCCCUGUCAUGGCUUUGGCUCCACAGGAGAACGAACGCAUCCUGGAUAUGUGCUGUGCACCAGGAGGCAAGACCAGCUACAUAGCUCAGCUUAUGAAGAACACAGGUACGAUCUUGGCCAAUGACAGCAAUGCUGAGCGGCUGCGGAGCGUGGUGGGGAACUUGCAUCGGCUGGGAGUCACCAAUACUGUAGUGAGUAACUGCGAUGGACGCCAGUUCCCCAAGGUGCUUGGAGGGUUCGACCGUGUCCUGCUUGAUGCUCCUUGUAGCGGAACAGGUGUCAUUUCCAAGGAUCCUGCUGUCAAAACCAAUAAAGAUGAGAAAGACAUCUUGCGCUGUGCUCACCUGCAGAAGGAGCUGAUUCUUAGUGCUAUAGAUUCAGUCAAUGCUGCCUCAGAGACAGGGGGCUACAUUGUCUACUGCACUUGCUCCAUCAUGGUGGAGGAGAAUGAGUGGGUUGUGGAUUAUGCCCUGAAGAAACGCAAUGUUCGCUUGGUGGCCACAGGCCUGGACUUUGGCAAGGAAGGCUUCACCAGGUUCAAGGACCGUCGCUUCCACCCCUCCCUCAAGUCAACACGGCGUUUCUAUCCCCACACGCACAAUAUGGAUGGGUUCUUCGUUGCCAAGUUCAAGAAAUUCUCUAAUGCCAUCCCCCAGGCACAAAAAGAUGAAGAACCUGCUGUGGAAGCAGCAACUCCAUCUGCUGUCCCUGAUACUGCCAUGGAGCCUCAGCCAAAAAAGAAGAAACUUGAGGGAUCAAAAGCUGACAAAGAGCAAAAGCUGCCACAGUCUGCUUUGAAGAAGAAACGUUCAUUGCAGGCACAGAGGAAACCCUGGAAGGCUGGUAGGCCUUCUCCCAAAAUGAUGCAUCCAAAAGUCCUCACCAGGAAGAAGCAUAGGAUGAAAUCAAAAGGACAGUGAGAGGAACUGCUUUUCCAGGUGUUGGUCCCCUCCUUAGAGAGCAAAGGCUGCUCAGCUAUGCAUGUACCACCUGGCUUUGCUGCUCUGUGUAGAUAACCUCUGCAGCACUGAGAGCCUGGCACAGUUACAGCCCUGUUUGCUCCUUUCCCUCCACAUCAAGAACUGAUCACUGACCCAUUAAAAGUUUUAUACUCUGGCUCAA